AUGAAGAUUUCGACGCUUCUGGCGGGUGCCGUCGCCCUGUUCAGCUCCGAGGCCAUUGCCACAUCCCUCACAUACCGGGUUGAGGCUCACGAGCGAGCUUGCUUCUAUGCCAACACGAAAAAUCCCAACGAGAAGAUUGCUUUCUACUUUGCUGUCCAAUCCGGCGGUUCGUUCGACAUUGAUUAUGAGGUCACGUCCCCUACCAACAAGGUCAUCAUGUCUGGCGAAAAGGAGCGUCAGGGUGACUUUGCGUUUACCGCACAAACGCCUGGCGACUACUCAUUCUGCUUCAGCAAUCAGAUGAGCACAUUUGCCGAGAAGUUUGUCGACCUUGAAAUUGCUGUCGAGAACGAGGAUCGCGCGCAGCUCCCCUCCAAGCAAGGAUCUAGCCCUGAGCAGACCAACAUCAUCGAGGACUCAGUCUACAAGAUCUCCGGCCAGCUGUCUACCAUCUCGCGAAAUCAAAAGUACUUUCGCACGCGUGAAAACCGCAACUUUGCGACCGUCGCGAGCACCGAGAAUCGCAUCGUCAACUUUAGCAUGAUUCAGUCGUUCCUCGUCGUCUGCAUGGGUGGCCUGCAAGUGUUUGUCGUUAGAUUCUUCUUCCAGGGCGCUCGCAAGGGUUACGUUUGA